AUGGCCCUUGCCAUGUCGUUUGAGGAGCAGUUCAAGUGCUGCAUCUGUCUGGACAUCCUGACCGACCCGAGCUCCAUCCCGUGUGGUCACAACUUUUGCCUGGACUGCAUCGAGGGCUUCUGGGAUACGAAGAGCAAGGCGGACUGUCCGCUGUGCAAAGAGAUAUUUGAAAAGCGGCCACAACUCAGGAUCAACCUAGGGUAUGCUGAAAUCAUUGAGAUCUACAAAAGGACUCAAAGGGAGAAUUUGGACCAUGUGGUGGCGCCAGGAAGCAGGAAAAAUUCCCUAAACCAACUUUUUGAGGCUGAGGAAGUUCCCUGUGACAUCUGCUGCGGAGACAAAUCGCCAUCGGUCAAGUCGUGUCUGACGUGCCUGGCAUCUUAUUGUGAACUUCACCUCACACCUCACCUGAGGGAUCCAGCGCUGCAGAUGCACCAGCUGACGGAUCCGGACAGUUUCAUCACCGGUCACCUCUGCAGAAAACACAGGAAGCCGCUGACGAUGUUCUGCAAGAGUGACCAGAAGCCUGUUUGUGUGAAAUGCACAGAACACAGGGAACACAAACACCACAACAUAGUACCCAUUGAGAAGGAGAGGAAUAGGGUCAAGACUUCUUUGAGAGACACGAAGGCCAGCAUUAAACAGAUGAGCCGUGCCAGACGGAGUAAAAUGGAGCAGAUAAGAAAUUCAGUGGAUCAAAGUAAAAUAAUCACAGAGAGGGAGGUCCAGGGCAGUGGUACGGUCUGCGGCUUGCUGAUAACCAUCAUCGAGAGACAACAGGCCAGGCUGGUCGAGGAGCUGGAGGAGAAGCAUCAAGAAGCUGAGAGGAGAGCCGAGCAGCUGUUGGAGGAGCUGGAGCAGGAAAUCCGUGAGCUGCAGACGAGGGGCAUCGAGCUGAAGCAGCUGGAGCACAGUCAGAGCCCAGUUCACCUCCUGCAGAGUUUCCCGUCUCUAAGUCGACUCCCAUCCACCAGAGAGUGGUCUGAGGUCGCAGUCUACUCUGAUAACUGCGACGGUGGGACGGUGACGAGAGCCUUCUCCAAGCUCGUCGACGUCUGCCAGGAUCUUUCAGACAAGCUGUCUGCAGAUGAAGCAGACAAGCUGAAUCAAUAUGCAGUCGAUGUCACUCUGGACCCUGAGACUGCUUCAGGCUGGCUCGUCCUGUCUCCAGACAGAAAGAAGGUAACUGUCAGCAGCCAGAAGAAUAAUGCUCCACUCCCAGACAAUCCUCGGCGGUUUAACUCCUGCGUCUUGGGGAAACAAAGCUUUGCAUCUGGAAGACGCUACUGGGUGGUUCAGGUUGGUGAUAAAACAGAGUGGGAUCUUGGCGUGUCCAGAGAGUCCAUCAACAGGAAGGGGGCCAUCGCGGUGCGUCCUGACAGCGGUUACUGGGCCAUCUGUCGCCGGAGAAGCGGCAGUCUCAGCACCUGCGCCGGCCCCUCCGUCACGCUCCGCCUCCAAGAAACCCCCCAGAAAGUGGGCGUGUUCCUGGACUACGAGGAAGGAUCGGUGUCCUUCUACGACGCAGAGACAAAGACACACAUUAAAACUUACAGCGGGUGUGACUUCAAUGAGCCCAUCAACCCGUACUUCAACCCCUGUGUUCAAGAUGAUGGGAAGAACACCGCCCAGUUGAUCAUCUGUCCUCUUGAAGAAAGAGUCAGGGAAGGAAGGACAUAA